GUGGACGGAUUGUCAGUGAAGGAAAAAUCCAUUAAAUAAUCUCAAUUCAACUUCCUAGAAAAAUGAAUCAAUUAAAGAAGGAACCAAUAAGGAAGAGGAUGCACAGGAAUAUGAAGGAGAGUCAAAAGGAGCAAAUGAUUAAAUUCCUGGAUGAGCAUCCACGGCUCAAGGAGGGUCGUUGUGACCGAAACUUUACCACAGAGGAUGCUCGUCGUCUGUGGCAGAAGAUGGCUAAUAUCCUGAAUGCCAUGGAAGGACCCAAAAAAUCCUGGCUGUACUGGAGGAAGUCCUAUGCGGAUUUACGAUGCUGGCAACGACGGACUGGGAAGCAAAUCUUGGUAAAGAGGAAAAUAAUCCCAAUCCCCAGUGAUGAAGGAGAUGCUGCUGGAGGGCAGUUUGGGAGGGUGGCAAAGAAAUCCCCACAAUCUGAAAACAAUGAUGUUGUCUGCCACAUGAUUGGGGAGACGUUCAUCAAGAAAAUCCCACCAGUUCGGAGCUCAACUUCUCCUUCUGUCCAAUCAACUGCACGAGUUCAAUCCUCUUCAACAACUUCUUCAUCACCAAAACCUCGUCUUGCUGCGCAUCGGAAGCAAAUCCCCGAUAGUGCAGUGAAGAUUGAGGAUGCAGAUAGUAUUGCAUUUGUGGAUGCAAAUAAUCUUCCGGAUGAUCAUGUUGAGCAUGAGUACUACAGGAAGAAGCUGGAAUUGCUGGAACGUCUCAGUAUGGCAUUUGAGACUCAAGCACAAUCCAUUCAGAUUCAAGCUGAUGCCUUCCUGGAGCUCAAUGAGACAAUGAAGAAAAUCCAGGAAACCCUCAACAAAAUUGCAAAUCGUAUUCCAUAGGGCACGUUUAGAAAAUAAAUUAAUUAUCCUGGGAAUUCCUGGAGGAUUUUUUUCUGUCCUGGAACUCAUGAAUCGUCGGCUGAGACAGCAUGUGUUGUAAUGUGAUUUACUUUUGUGAAUUCAUCCGACGAUUUCCACAGUAGAUGACAGAAACCAUUCGAAUUAGUCGUGAGAAGUUUGAGCAAUGAAUUCAGAAGGAAUUGCCGGUGAAGGUGCUUCCAGGCACUAUAAAAUGACGAAUAUUCAGAAGCAGAAGUUGCUGCAAUUUAUGGAGGAUCACCCAAAGCUCCAAAAGGGAAAAUAUGAUUACUCAUUCACAAUGGAACAAGCACGGGAUCUCUGGAUGAAACUCACAAAAAUCCUCAAUGCAACACAAGGACCAAAGAAAACCUGGCUCUACUGGAGGAAGUCCUGGCAUGAUUUGCAAACAAUGCAUCGAAAAACCGGGAAAACAACAAAGGAAAUUCUGGCUGAUAUGGAAAGAGAUGUUGAGGCUGAAUCUAAAAUAGAAUAUCUCGAUGUUGGCAGAUUAGAUGGAUCCGUAGAUCAAAAGGCACCAACAUCCAGCUCACCGGCAGUAGUCAGUGCAUCAUCGUCCAGAGGAGCUCCCAAAUUGACAAAGAAUGAGAAACUUCCGGAUAAUUUCGUUUUGCUCGAUCAUGAUGAUAAUGUUGAGCAUGAAUACUACAAGAAGAAGUUGGAGCUGAUGGAGCGUCAGACCAUUGCUUUUGAAAUUCAAGCACAAUCCCAGCAAAUUCAGGCUGAAACUCUCCUGGAGAUUGCUGAAACGAUCAAGGAUGUUAAGGAAAUGCUGAAGGAUAUGAAUAACCGUUAAAGGUUUAAUUUUUCUUUAUUAAUUCUAGUUUUGUAAGAAAAUAUUUUUAAUAAAUAAAUAAAUAAA